CCCCGCUCCAGCUGCGCGGGCAUCAAGAGCGGAGCCUCGCAGCGAGCGAGCGAGUCCGAGCGCGGCCGGGGCAGGUGGUUGCGCCGCGAAGAUGGUCGCCAAGCAGCGGAUCCGAAUGGCCAACGAGAAGCACAGCAAGAACAUCACUCAGCGCGGCAACGUCGCCAAGACCUCGAGAAAUGCCCCUGAAGAGAAGGCGUCGGUAGGACCCUGGUUACUGGCUCUUUUCAUUUUUGUUGUUUGUGGCUCUGCAAUUUUCCAGAUUAUUCAAAGUAUCAGGAUGGGCAUGUGAAGUGACUGACCUUAAGAUGUUUCCAUUCUCCUGUGAAUUUUAACUUGAACUCAUUCCCGAUGUUUGAUACUCUGGUUAAAAACAAUUCAGUAAAGCAUCCUGCCUCAGAAUGACUUUCAAAUCAUCCUUCAUGUGUCAUUCCAAGGUUCUUCACAAGUCAUUCCAGAUUUUCUAAUCCAUACCACAGUGCCUUACAAAAGCACCACAUGAAUAAAGCAAUAAAAUUUGAUUGUUAAGCUGUAGUAGCAGACCCUUAUUCGGCCAGUAAAGAAUACGUUUUUUAUGUGAUUAUUAAAACAGUAUAGAGUAUGGGUAAUUAGAUUAAAUCUGUGUAGACAAGGUCUAGAUUUUAUGAACCCUAAUUGUAAAUGCAAUUAGUUUAUUUAAAAUUUGGAAUCCUAAGUUUUUUGUAUAGCUAGGCACUUUAUUAUUCUUGAAAGCACACUAUUAUAGGGCCAUGUAACUAUCCUGUAAUAAGGUGCUUAUAUGUAAAUGGAAGAACUACACAGCCUAGUUUUGCUACAACCAUUAGUACCUAAAAUUUUCAAAAGCUAAAUGCAUAAUAUAAGUGGAGAUGCUUAUAGCUACAUCUGCUUUAAUGUUGUUAUUUCUGUUAUACUACCUUGGAUUUUGCAUGUGUGAGUAUAGUAACCUCAGAUCCCAUUAAAAAAAAAAAAAAAAAAAAAAAACUUGGUUGAACAUUUUGUAAUUUAAGCAGUUACUGCAGUUUUGCUAAACGUUACCAUGAUAGAGUGAAGGCAGGAAAGGCUUGUUUAUGUCACAUUGAUUUCACCAGAAUUAUUUUAAUAUAUCAAAGGGAUUUACUAUGUUAGAUAAAACUUUAGGGAAAAAUACUAGAAGUGGAUGCCUCAUCAUACAUACUGUUGCGUCCAGUGUCCUCUAAGACAGCAUGUUAAUAGACUUAAUACCAAAACAAAACAAAAAGCACAUCGAUAAGUUAUGUUUAGUUUGGAAAUACUUUUUCUGUGUUUAUGAUUGAAAUUCCCUUAGGGUACUAGAUACAUCAGACUAAAGUGGCAUUUGGAAUUAAAUGGAUUUACUGAUAAUGAUCAGUUUGGUCUUCCCUUGUAUGAUUUUAUAUAUUAUGAUUGAUCAGAUUUUCUUUUUACGAAUAGGGCAAGGGUGAUAAGGUAGGUUUUGGGUGUUCUAAUAUGCGAGUUUGUGGAAAACUUCAAAUACUGGCUAUUAAUAUACUUAGCCAUAGCUUAGUGCAAAAAGCCUGAGCAGCAUCUGUGUAAUAAGAAUUGGAACGAGGCUGCUUGUUUGCUUUGUUAAUUGCCUCAGGAUGUCUUUUAAAUAAGCUUGAAGAGGAACAGAAGGGAAAUCUGCUACCCAGUCUAUACACAGUGUGAACCUCAUAGGGAACUUCCAAUACUGUC